AUGACUCAGGUCAAGCCGACCUUGACGCUCGACGUCAAUCUGGCCUCCUCCGGCCUUGCCGGCAUCGGUGGUUCGGGUACCAGCACUACGCCGCGCGCUCACCAGAACGCCGUCAACAACAAGAUCCAAAACCAAAUCCACGCAUCCACCUUUGGCCCGCAAUCCAAUUACGACGCUGACCGCGCCUACGCCCACGACGACGACUUUGAACAGCAGCCUGACAACGGUGGCUUUAGCAGCGACGAAGACGCACAGGACGUAUACGCCGCUGCGACCAGCCGAUUGAGAGCUGGCAACUCGAGUGCCGGCGCCAAGGCCACCCGCGACAAUUCUCAUUCGUCAACACAUGCCCAAAACCAACAGCACCGAGAUCCCAAUCGGAUAUCCAACGCUUCCGACUACGAUGUAUACGGCCACGAUGAGUAUGCUCAUAACGGCCACUAUCAUCAUCAACACCAAAUGGCCGACGGCAUUCACGACGAGAUGGUCUACGAGGACGAAGAGGAGGAGGAGAUUGAAGACGAUGAGUCCGAUCUGAGCUCGAGCCCGUCCAUCCCAGACGAGAACAUCGACUUUGAUCUCGUCUAUGCUCUGCACAAUUUUGUCGCCACGGUCGAAGGCCAGGCCACCGUUCACAAGGGGAACAGCCUCACCUUGCUCGAUGACAGCAACAGCUAUUGGUGGCUCGUUCGCGUUCUUCGCACGCAAGAGGUUGGCUACAUUCCUGCCGAGAACAUCGAGACUCCCUUUGAGCGUCUUGCCCGCCUCAACAAGCACAGAAACGUCGACCUCACCUCGGCAACAGACGACGAUCACAUCCAAGUUCCCGAAAAGAUCUUUACCAGUCAUCUCGUGAAAGCGAGAAAUGCAACUGGCACUGCCGGCGUCUCGCUCCACUCGGGCAAGCUCUCUGCACUUUCCAGACGUGCACAGGGAGCUCCCGCACCUCUCACCAAGGAGCAGAUCCGCAGCAAGCGAGGCGUUGUCUUUGGCCCUUCUACCUACCUCGAGCACAGCGGCGACGAGUACUCCGACUACGAUGAAGACGGCGAAGAGCACGACCUCGAGUACGAAGAGGAUCCAGACGCUGCCUAUGAGGAUGAGGAGGAGGAGGAGGAGGAGGAACAAGACGACGACCAGGAUAGGCAUCACGAUGACAAGGAUCACCUCGCUCAACACCACAAUAUCGGCUUCAACAAGAUGGAACCAGAUGAUGGCAUGGAGUGGGAUGGACAGGAGGCCGAGCGCAUCCAGCAGCAACAUCAAGGUGCAAUGCGUCAGGAUCGUCAGGAUCAGCCGCCAGGGAGAGGCUUCCAGCAACACGCAGUCGAAGGUCAACAGCAGACCGCGUCGCAUGCAUACUCGCAACAGUACGCGCCAGGACCUGCUGGUCCAUCACAAGCAUCUGCAGACCAGGCUCAAUGGACCAACAUCGCCCAGGCCAAGGAGCCAUCUCAGUAUCAGCACCCAGCAUCGCAGCAGCAGCAUGCACCUGUCAAUCAGAACAACGGCGAUGCACUUAUGUACCCCAACGGUCGAUCCUCGACAUCCUCACAGCAGCUCUCUGUCGCCGGCCCCAGCUACGGUCAGUCCGGAUCGGGUCGCGCCCCCGGCGAGCACAUGCGAACCACCUCGGCGGAGCGUUCCGUCUCCAGCAUCAACUCGAGCGGUUCCAUCGCCUACGACGCUAAUGGCCGUCCCACAUCCAUCGCAAUGAGCAGGAACAGCACUUCCAGCAGCAGCGGCGGCUUCCUUCCCUCGCAGAUCCAGCGAGAGCGCGCCAACUCGGAUGCCAGUGCUAACUCCACCGUCAUUGCAGGCGAUGCCUCCUCCUCGUCGGACAAGGACAAGCGCAAGAGCAAUCGGAUCAGCAAGGGAAACGACAGCUACGACACGAGCGAGGAAAAGGCGGGCAAGAAGCGCUCUGGCGUCUUCAGCCUCUUUUCGAGAAAGGACAAGAAGGAUCGCAAGAGUGGCAACUUCGACGAUCGGGACAGCAUGGUGGGCAUCAGCUCCGAGGACAGCUUUGUUGCGAGAGGGCGUGGCAGCCCUGCCGCUGGUGUCGUCGCCGCCAACCCUGCGGUCCACGCCGCCAAUGCUGCGUUGCAGCCCGGUCAGAGCAUCGGCAUGGGCCGCGCAGUCCAAGAGCGCGACCGAGCCACCCAGGAGGCUUACCAGAGGCAGUUCCUGUCCCCGCAAAACAGUAGCUACGACUCGGCCAACAUAGCGAGUCCGAUGGGACUGACCGACAAGAAGCGCUUGCACCAACGACCCGGUUCGUUGAUCGGUCCGUCCGGCUCAACCCCCAUGCUCAGUGUGCUUCGAGUGUUUGCCGGCGAAGGCGUCGACUCGGACUCAACCUUCAAGACGGUUCUGCUCAAUGACACCACACGCUCGGACGACCUACAGCGCCAAGCACUGCAGCGGUUCGGAGUCAAUCUUCACGACAUGGACAAGUACGUUCUGACCAUCAAGCGCCUGGAAGGUGACGAGCGACCGCUCGAUGCAGAUGAGCAUCCGCUGGAACUGUUCAACACGCUCACCGACAUCUUGCAGCAGGGCCAAGUGAAUGUGCCCAGCGUCAGACGGUCCAGCGUCGGCUCCAUCUCGUCCAUCUCUUCGAAUCUCAGCACGCAUCCAGCCAUCGCUCGACUUGGCAACGAUUUCAGCGACGACCACGCCGUCAAAUUCUACAUCAGCAGGCGCGAUCGACUGCCAGGCUAUGUCGAUCUCAACGGAGCGGACGAGUCGGGUCGAUCCGGCAAUGUGUCCGAUCUCUCAGUCUCGCAGGACAACAGCAACGUCACCUCGUUGAGCUUGAACGGCCACGAUGCGGCUCGCAGCAGCCACUCUUCGCUGCUUACGGGUGAGACCAGCGAGACGCUGCAGAGUCCUACGGCUCGCUUUGCAUUGCGCCUCAUCAUCUAUGGCUCGGAUCUUCCGGAAGGGAUCGUCUUUGAUCCUCAGUCGAACGCGCUCAUCCCCGCUGCCACUCUUCGCGAGCGACUAUCUCGUCGCCCAGAUGCUGCGGCAGAUCCCCCUUCGCAGCCCCGAUUCCGCGAAAAGAUCCUCACCUUCCCGCGCAACACGACUGUGGCUGAAGUGGUCGAGGAGGGUCUGGAUCGCUUUGGGAUCGCAGAAGGUGUCGUCGAAGGUGGCGACGAUGUUGAGGAUCGACCUUCGAGGCGCAAGAGCAGGCUGCACGUCAAGUACGGUCUUGCUGUGCAGGCAGCCGACGGCGAGCGUGCGCUUACACCUACGAGCAAGGUUUUGGAUGCUUACCCUUCGCCACCGAACUUCAAGCUUGGAAUAGGUAACCGCAGAUCUGUCGACGGGAAGCGACGCAGCAUCGAUGCUGCCGCUUUGCUCGGUGCAUCGGACGAUGUCGGUGUGCACGAUCCCGUGUUUGUGCUGCGUCAGAUCACCCACGCUCACUCGGGGACCAAAACACGACAACACAUAGCCAGCGCCGUCGGCGCUCGAGCGCACAGCCCGACAGACAACAGGCUUGCGGCGGUGCACGAGUCGAGACAGAUGCAGGCACAGCCUGGCAGCCCUCGUCUGGACGGAUCCAAGGAUCUAGCGCAGGAGGGUCAGGCGAAGCCAAAUGCGAGCAGAACGCCGCAGGAAAUUAUCGCCGCUCAGCGAGCGGCGGCGGCAGAACGCAAUGCGGCAGUACUUGGAGCCCAGCGCAAUACGCAACAAGGCGUCGAUGUGAUGCUGUCCAAUCAAGCGCGCAUUCGAUCUUCCAAGCUGGGCCCAUCGAACAAGUUCCGCUAUUCGUAUGUGCCCGCGGAUGGCCAGGAGCGCGACAUCAGCUCCAUCAUCGAAGAAGUCAUGAAGGACCAGAUGCAGACAUCGCAGGACAUGCAGACAAAUGCCUCAUCAGAUGUAGGUCUCCGACCCACCGAUGCUCGGCCCCCCUUUGCCACCAAGAAGAGCAUGCAGAGCGACCUCACCACGGAUGAAUACGCCUCUGCACGAAGCUCCUCGGGUGCCACAAGUCCGCUCAGUCUGAACGAGGUCAAUUUUGAGCUGCGCCCGUCGCCCACGCCUCAGCUCAAUGGCAGUGUCGCACCGCUUGUCUUUGGAAAGCAGUCAAACAGGGUGGUUGCUGAGGCGGCUGGCAGAGGCGGGCCGGCGAAUGGCGACUUGUUGGAUACGCUUCUACGUGGGAGCACGCAGUCGACCGCGAACGUCGAAGACAGGAUAAACGCUGUGCUGGAUCGAGUGCAGACGCCCACCACGUCUUCCGCCAAGGAGGGAACCGCGGCUGCGGUGAAAGCGCCAAACGCUACCCCAGCAGACUUUCAAAAUAGCAAAGCAGCUCCUUUGGCAGCCACAGCGGCGCACAAGAAACAGCUUUCGGUGGGAUCCGAAUUCUCCAACUCUCGGGACACGUCGAGCCCGCUCACGGUCGGCACGAGCUCUGCGGCCACGCAUGCCACCAACACGACAGGUACCAUGCUGACGCCUCUGUCUACCUUUGUAGCCGGGCGACAACCCAACGAAGUGCGUUCGGCCAGUGCGCUUGGCGCCACUGAAGGAGGAGCCAGCAGAUCUCGAUCGAUUACUCCUUCCGCAUAUCCAUCCGUCGCAGCUCUGACCUUUGGCGCAGACGAUGCGUCGCUGUCGCACCUCUACACUAUCGUGGAAGCGGCAGCACGCCGAGACCCGAGGAAAAAGCUGCUCAGUCACGCCAGCAUGAGCUCGAUCUCGUCAACCGCCUCGCCUGUGCUCAACAGUUCGUCUCUCAUGGGCAGCGUGAGCGGCGGCGGCGGUGGUACGGGUUCCAGACCGGGCAGCAAGCUUUCUAACGCAGCCUCGAAGCUCUCGCUCAUGCUGGAAGAUGAGAAGGACGCAUUGAAACCCGAACCGGGCGGACUUUUCGCUCCCGCCAUGCCAUUCGUCGAUGACAAGAAGGUCAGAGAGGCCUACCACGGCAUCAACAGACAGCUGGGUGAUAUUGACGACAGCUUGGACAGCUUGCUUGCGGAUGUGAUACGAAUCUUCUAG